AGGGCCAUCCAUGGUUCUCCGGCGAGCGUACGCCUAUAACUUGCGGCCAGUAGUGGGCGCUGUCGCGCUCUUCUGCGCAAUUGGGGCGUUCCGCAGCGUGACAACAGACAAGCAUUCGUUUGGUGUCAUGACUGCUAUUUCGCAACGGCCGUGGAUGGCACGGAUAUACGCCUUGCUGUCUGUCGGCUCUGCGCUUGCGGUCGUGGCGGCUGCUUUCAUGCGGGUCAUUGCACACUUCACCCUCAAGGAAUAUGGUUUCUGGGGCCCAUCGUUCGAAACCAAGCUCGACGGUCCCGAGGCCGCAAGCUACUGCAAUAACCUCUGGCAUCACGACUCCGCCGUUGAGAUCAUCUCGCUCAUCAUCGAGAUGCUACUCGCUGCGUUCUUCAGCUCGCUCUCCUUCGCGUACUACCACCAGCUUCUCGACCCCACCAGCGCCGCCAACGUCACCCGUCGCCCAGGGCCCGGACCCGCGCCCGCCCCCCAGCGCGACUUCGACGACGGCCCCGGAGCGGGUGCGGACUACCCCUCGCACUACAACCCUCCGUACCUCGGGUACGACGCGCCGCCCGCCAUCCCGCCGUACGACGAGACCGAUGGUCCGAAGGGGGACCUGCCCUAUGGCGGCGCGAAGCCGCCGAUGUACAGCGAGGACGACAUCGCGACGUAUGGCGGAUACGACGCCGGCGCGAAGACGGCGGAUCCGUUCGCGGAUUUUGACACGGGGAAGCCGAGGAGGGAGGCGACGGGCGAGCGGGGCGAGUUCGUCUGAGCUCUGCGCGAGGAUGCGGUUCGCUGUUCGUGCCUUGCGUUCCAUUCCGUUUCGCGGUCUCCCCUUCUCGAUUGUGUUCUGCUCUCACGCCCGCCAUGCCCUGCUUUUUGAUGACUCGAUCACGUCGGACAGUUUCAUGCCGUAGUUUAGGUUCUGCGUUUGCUUGCUUGCUUGAGCGCUUUGUCGCCGCUGGACUUUUACAGUAGUGUACUACUAUCUGAAUGUGCGUACUACCUCCACACCGUUGGCGUUAUGAGAGAUGUGGUGAUUAGUACCCCUAGUAGCGUCUUCUGGGAAGUUCCUCAUGAUCAGUUCGGGAU